AAGAGCGUCGCAACGUUAGGUUAAGGUAAGAGCGGCGACCGAUAUCCCUCUCCCUAUUUAUAGGUGUGGUUCGCGACGACGGGAGGGAGUAGGGAAGCGACACACGGAGACUGGGUGGGAGAAGGAGAUGGAGGGAAUGUACCCAUUGGGAGUCAUCGCUGCUUCGAUCCUAGCGUUUCUCCUCCUCCUCGGGAUCCAUGGACGUUGGGGGAAGGGCCGGAAGGCCACUGGAAAGCGCGAUUCCGGCGCGGUGGCCGCCGGAUUUGGUGGACCCGAUGUUAUCGUCGUCGGCGCCGGGGUCAUCGGCUCCGCUCUUGCUUAUGCGCUCGGGAAGGAUGGUAGAUGUGUGCAUGUCAUCGAGAGAGAUUUGGCUGAGCCGGACACAAUUGUUGGUGAAGCCUUGCAACCUAGAGGUUGCCUAAACUUAUUUGAGCUAGGGCUCGAGGAUUGUGUCGACGAGAUCGAUGCUCAGCGGGUCCUUGGCUAUGUUCUUUACAAAAAUGGGAGACUCGCCAAACUCUCAAUAUCUCUGGAGAAGUAUCAUGUAGAUGUUGCUGUCAGGUGCUUCCAUCAUGGGCGUUUCAUCCAAAGAUUGCGAGAGAAAGCAGCGUCCUUGUCCAGUGUUCAGUUGAAGCAGGGAACUGUAACAUCCUUGAUUAAAGAAGACGGAAUAGUUAAGGGGGUAGUUUACAAGACUAAAUCUGGUAAAGAAUCGAAAGCUUUUGCACCUCUUACAGUUGUAUGUGAUGGCUGCUUUUCGAAUCUGAGGCACACACUCUGUUCCUCCAAGGUGGAUGUACCUUCUUAUUUUGUUGGUUUGCUUUUGGAGGACUUUCAACUUCCAUUUCCGAACUAUGUGCACUUUAUCUUAGAGGAUCCUUCAGUAGUAUUGUUCUACUCAAUAAGUAGCACAGAGACUCGCUGUUUGGUUGAUGUCCCUGGGCAGAAGGUUCCUUCUAUUGCGAAUGGUGAAAUGGAAAAUUAUUUGAAGACUAUUGUGGCACCUCAGGUUCCGACUGAGCUGCGUGAUGCUUUUGUUGCGGCCAUUGAUAAAGGAAACAUCAGAACUAUGCCAUGCAAGAGCAUGCCAGCUGAUGCUCAUCUUACACCCGGAGUCCUCUUGAUGGGGGAUGCAUUCAAUAUGCGCCAUCCCCUAACUGGUGGAGGAAUGACGGUGGGCUUAUCUGAUGUAAUCGUGCUACGUGAUCUUCUUAGGCCUCUCCAUGAUCUCCAUGAUGCUGCUGCUCUCUGCAAAUACUUGGAAUCUUUCUACAUUUUGUGGAAACCGGUUGCUUCUACAAUGAACAUGCUGGCAGAUGCGUUUUACAAAUUAUUCGGCGCAUCACCUGAUGAAGCUAGGAAGGAAAUUGGACAAGCCUAUUUUGACUGUCUGAGCCUUGGAGGUAGGUUUUCAAGUGACUCUACUGCUUUAAUCGGUGGUCUUAAUGCCAGCCCACUGCAUCUGGUCAUCCACUUCCUUGUUGCUGUUACUCAUGGAGUUGGUCAUCUACUGUUGCCAAUUCCAUCAGUCCGGGGAUUACGUGGUAGUGCGAGACUGAUUUCUGCUGCUGCAGGUAUCGUUCUCCCCCUCAUGAAAGCAGAAGGGGUUAGGCAAACGUUCUUCCCUGCUACUUUUCCUGCAUAUUAUAGAGCUCCUCCUGCCCAACUGAAACAAUAAGAACAUGGUGAUGGCCAGGACGGGGCCAACCUCAGUGUCUACCUUCUUCCCCUUAUUUCUGCAUAUGUGCCAUGUCCAUGGUUUAUUCGUCGGAAUGCAUGUGAUGUGUAUAUAUAUGUAUAUAUUUGUAUAUAUUGGGAACAUAUGUGAGAAUAUACUAGUAUUGGGAUUA